GCCCCUGCUUUCUCAUGAUAAGGGAGGCAGGGACAGUCCAGGGGAUAAGUGCUCCUGGUCUACUACACUGGCCGGACACACUGCAGGAGAGAGGACUGCACAAUACAGCAGUAAGCCAUUGAAGGAGAGAGAGGGGGUUGAGAGACACUGAGCGACAACGCUGCAGCCAAGGAAACCAUAGAAACACUCUUCUCUCAAAUCCCCAACUCUGCCCAGGGAGAAGAGAGAGAAGCAGCAGAGACCAACAAAAGCAUUCUUGGCUUUCAGUUUAAAAGAAGAAGAAGAAGCUAAUAACAAUACACUGUGCAAGAUCAUUUGAAAGACUUGACAGGGUUGUUUUUGAUUGGUUCAACUGCUCUGAAGGGAUUGUGGUGCAGUGCUGCAUGAAUAUUAAACGCAUCUGGGAGAGAAUCGAGCAGCAACAGGACAAGAUCGAACCAUGAAGAUCGCAUGGCUGAUGCUUUCACUCAGCUUCCGAUUUCACAGCGUAUGUCCAGAUGUCACUUCUGUGAGUCCUUCCUUUGUCACAGCCGGGCCAUCCUCUGCCAGUGCUGGAAGUCCAUCCACGAUUCAGCCGACAGUUAACAAUGAAACAGAGCCAGGUGUAAAGCCAAAUGGUAGUGCUGCUUACCUCACACAGACAACUGCUGCAGUCACCACCGUAGGCAUCACUGCUGCGAAGACGACUGCCGUUCCCCACGUUUCCACCCAAACACAACCCCAGCCAUCCGUCAUAAACAACAUCAGCAUCUAUACUGCCCCUUCUGCUGUUGCCAAUCCUACUGCUACCUUUAGCUCCACCAAGGCCCUGAUCCCAGCUACAACAGCUGUAACAGCUGCAACAACUGUAACAGCUGACAGUGGUGGCAGCUCAGUGGGAUCCACCAAUACUGUCAGAGAACAGACACCUGAAGCCUCUGUAUCCACUAAAAACUCCAGGACUGAAUCGUCUGUCACGCUGACAGAAAAUUCUUACCAUGUGGAACCAUCGAAGAUUACAAAGGUCUCAACAGUUGCCACAACGGGACAAACUUCUGUAACUCACAGAGCAAUCAACUUUAAGAUGAGCAAUGGAGUUGAAGACACAGAGAAAACAACUGUACCAGUUACAACAAACAGGCAGACAGCAUCGAGGGCCACGGAGCCAACUGGGAAGCCAGGGACCACCGGCACUCUCCCCAUUCUGACAACAACAGGAUCUGUUGUACCUGAGAACCUGAGUGGAACUACUUACCUGCAAACCACCACCUCCACUGCCGCCGCCGCCACCACACAAUCUCAGCCAAAGAUAUUUCAGUACUCACUAAACAGCAGACAGGAGAAAGACGAAGACAAGGAUCUGGUGGAGGUGUGCAAGCGGCUGAUGGCAAAUUUUCAAGAUGGAAACUGCACCCUGAUAUUGGGGCACAAAAAUGGCAACGUACAAUUUGACUGCGUGGAAAUAAAUGGCAAAGUGAAAACCAGCCUCACUGCCCAGUAUUAUGAAGAAAUCUCUAAGAAACCACCAGAUAAUAAAACCCUGAUAGCCAUCCUGGCCUCCUGUGGAGCCCUGCUUAUCAUGAUCUUCAUCCUUGCCAUCUGUGCCUCCCACCACCGCAGGCCGUGCAACGAGAACCAGACUUUUUUCUCUGAAUCUCUGCAGCAACACCUUACUGAGGAGCUGCACACGGUGGAGAAUGGUUACCACGACAACCCCACAUUGGAGGUGAUGGAGGUGCAGGCAGAGAUGCAGGAGAAGAAGAUGUCGCUCAACAGAGAGUUCAACGACAGCUGGAUCGUCCCCAUCGACAACCUGCUGAAGGAGGACAUACUAGACGAGGAGGAUACCCACCUGUAGGGUGCAGGGACUAAAGAGGAGAAAGGAGCGGGUGACAGGAGCUGGCCAGUUCCAGCUCAAACCAACAAAAGAGCUCACACGUCUCACUACAUGCCAGCACUACUUCCUGGUUUAACACUCCUGACCUGGGAUCAUGUCCCUGCAGCUAGAUAGGAUUCUCCACAUAUACUGUAAGUGCAUUCAGUAAAGCAACCAAGCCACCACAUUAAUGCUGUUCAUCUGAUGAUGAUGUUGAUCUACGACUGCUGCAUCUUGUCUGCCUCAGCAUUUCCAGGGACACCAAUCAACUCAGGAAUCUUCAAAACAUCCUGGUGAUUUUCCACUAUAUGGUGUGUGGCUUAUGAGGAAUGAUAACUGACAUAAUUCAUAAGGCAGAUGAGUCUGUAUAAAUAAGAAGGACUUUAAUCCAAAAUGCCACAUUGUCUAGGGUGUACAAAAAGCCUGGAGGGACAUAAUCAAUGUGUAUUUUGUCUUGAUGGGUGACUUUAAUUGACUUAAAGUUCAUGUUAUUACACGAUGCAGUAUAGAACAAAAUGCUCCAGCUUUCGGCUUAUCAUUGGAACAAACAAUUUUAGUAGAGCUGAAACAAUUGAUCAAUUAGUUAAUCCACAGAAAAUUUAUUGUAAAACUGUUUGAUAAUUUGUCAAUAAUUUAAGUCACUUUUUAAGCAAAGAUACACAGUUCCAGCUUCAAACGUGAUUUUCUUGGUCACCUAUUAAACCACAUAUAUUAGGGUUUGGGAGUUUAUUUUACUACAUUAUGAACCAAAUAAUAAAUUGACGAUAAACUAUAUCCACCCAAAAUUAGUUGCAAAGAUCUUGACUUUAGUUUAUUCACAAUAUGUAAACCAGUUUAUUUUUAGAUAAAACUAAAAGUGAGCCCACCUGAAAUAAAGAUGACACAAGAUCAAAUUUGAACUAUAGAGGUCUGCUUGUUAGCGUUGCUUACACACAAAAAAAGGAAAACAUUGUCACUUUAAAGUAACAGAUCUGUUUUCAAAUCCAACCGCAUUCUUGCGUGGGUUGCAAAUGUGGAGUAGGAUUUGAAUAGUGAAACAUGUCAAAAGUAGAGGUAAUCUUUGAAAAAAUUAAUUAUAUACAUUUCCUUUUACAAAAUAAAAUUUGCAUUGCAUAAUAAAGAAAAACAAACCCUCAGCUCAAUACAACACACUAUAACCACUAGCCAGCAUUAAUGUGCAGCUGACAUUUGAGAGCCAUUUUGUUGACUCUACUUCACUAUUUGUUUGUUUCUCAACUUUCACCGGUCACAAAUGAAAAUAUAAUGGUUAAGUAAGCAACUUGUUUUCUCUCACAAUCAGUGAGGUCAUCUUCUGAUAAUGUCUGUAAAGCAGCUCAAUUAAGGUAACAUAUUCACUAUUUGAUUCACUUGUGAUUUACACGUGUGGCCUCAGUGGAUGCUGUUCAACAUGAGAUUUUGCAACAAACACUUUCUGCUUGAAAAUAUCACCCAAGUGCCAACUCCUCACUAAAGCUGGUAUUGGUCAGUACAGAUGUGGUGUCAAUAACCUUUUGCAUUGUCUGAUGCAAAAGCUGUAAAUAGUGUGCUUAUGAAGUUUGGAGUCACCUGAGAUUAAACACCUUACCAGAACACUUUAUUUUUAUUACAUUUUCUUCUGCUUAAAAUGUUUUUCUUUUCAAACCAAGUAAGAAGUUAGUAUAUAUAUAUUUCCAAUUCAAAAAGUAAAAGUAAGCCCAAAAGUAAGUCCAUCACCUUAGGCACUCCAAUCCAACCUUUUUUCGUGUUUGCACGUCUACACUUUCCAUUUUAUUAUAGCGAUGUCAUUUUCACCAAAGUACUCUAUACUUAUUUGAUGUAUUUAUGGCUUGUUUGCUGCUGUAAGCAAACAGCAGGGGUCUGACACACUGGAAGCUGUAAACUUUCAACCGCAUUGGCGGUCAUAUUCAAAUUUGCAAAUAAAGGAACUGUUUUUUUUACCAUG